UUUAUUAAAAAUGUGUGGAAUAUUCGCUUAUCUAAAUUUCUUUACGCCCAAAAAGCGUGCUGAAGUUAUUGACAUUUUGCUUCAAGGACUUAGACGUAUGGAAUAUAGAGGAUAUGAUUCUGCAGGUAUCGCAAUUGACAGCAGCAACAAUAACUCCGCCGACAAUAAAGACCAGAACGAUGUUGGUGUAUUUAGAAAGACUGGGAAGGUGGAUGCUCUUUAUGACCAUAUUAAAGGUAUUUAA